UUUAUUUUAUUUUUGGUUGGGAAUGGUUUAUAACCCUAGGGCACCAUCACCUAGGCUCCGAACUUGCACUGCAGCUCUUUUUUUUCUUUUCUUUUUUUCUUUUUUUCGCGUCUACGAAGUGAUUAGCCCAGCGGCACUGGUUUCCUUCUCCCUGUCACUCCCGUUUCCCCCUCGCCUUUACCAAUACUCAAAUCUCCUGCUGAGAGAGUAUUCUCACUUUUUUUCCUCAAAGCUAUGCCAGCCAAGGACAACUUUCAAGGUGUUUCAAAUUGCUAUGUUUUUAAAAGUCGACUGCAGGAAUAUGCACAAAAGGUGGGACUUCCUACACCUGUAUAUGAGACUAUCAAAGAAGGUCCUUCCCAUGAGCCAACCUUUCAUUCUACGGUGAUUGUUAAUGAUGUUAGAUAUGAUUCUCUACCUGGAUUUUCUAAUCGCAAGGCAGCAGAGCAGUCAGCUGCUGAAGUAGCUCUAAUGGAGCUGUCAAAAUCUAGUGAUCUGAACCCACACGUCUCUCUACCUGUGCAUGAAACAGGACUCUGCAAAAAUCUGCUUCAGGAAUAUGCACAGAAGAUGAACUUUGCAAUCCCACUAUAUCAAUGCCAAAAAGAUGAUGGCCCUGGCAGAGGACCCCUUUUCUCAUGUACAGUAGAAAUUGGAGGGAUCCGCUACAUUGGUGCUGCAGCAAAAACAAAGAAAGAAGCAGAAAUUAAAGCUGCAAGAACUGCUUUGUUAGCAAUCCAGUCUUGCCCGACUUCAUUGUCAGCGGCAAAACCUGUCAAUCAAGUUCAGCUCACUGUGAUCCCAUCUUGCAAGCGAAAAGAAGCAGCAGAUUGCUCAGUCAAACCAAAGACAACAAAUGGAGCUCCCAGAUCAAAGAGAGGCCGAUUUAAGAGAGGAGGAGGAGUGUUAAGGAAGAGAGGCCUCAGAAAUAGAGUACUCAAUUUGAACUACAUUGAUACAUCAACCUUGGAACCUUUUAAAACCGAAGUCAUCCAGGUACCAGGUUCUGGGGAACCUGUUGAUUUAGCCAAAGAUACUGUGCUGAAUUCCGAGCAUAGAAUGACUGACCUAAGCUCAAGUAACAAUGACGUAUUGGGCUCUAACGUCCAAACCAACAUGCCUGCCUUCCUAAAUGGUAAUGAAAAUGGUUGUUCGGAUACUUUCAGUUCCAAUCAAAUAAACUGUCCAACCUCUGAUGUUACGAGCUUUCCUCUCGCCAAUGUUCAACCAACUUGUAGUGAAGUGGCAAAUGUGGCUGCCCCUGGAGUAACAGGGGAGCUUCAGUGACCGACAGUUCCUUUCGACCUGUUGUGAGAGGGUUAUGCAUAUGCUUAACGUCGGGGUAAGUAGUAAAAUUGAAUAUUCUUGAAUAGCUUUACUAAAAAAAGCCUGAGAAGUUGAAUUUAUUGGACUGAAGAUCUGAGACCAGCCAAUUUAAGUGUAGUUGCAAUGAUCAGAGGGGGUGAGAUUAAUUUUUAGUAGAAAUCUUGCUUUGAUAUUGUCAUGGCUGUAGUUUCAUAAUAUCUAUCCUUAUAAGCUAUACCUUAACUUCCUGACCAGUGUUAAUAUUAUCUAAAUCAUAUCUGCCUCCAAACCCUUUUUUUUCUUCU